AUGGAUUCAGGUGUAAUUAAUAAUUCCGAGAAGCAAUCAUCAAAGAAAGAUGAAUGCACAUUACCGGAUGUCUCGUCAGUUUCAUUGGAUUCAGUUUCCGAAUUAUCAUCAUCGAAUUUAGGAAAUAAAGUAAAAGUAUUCUUAAAAAUAAGACCAACCGAUAAUGACAAUGAUGAUUGUGAAAUUUUCACAAUAAUAAAUUCUACAAAUCUCGUGACAAAAAUCCCACCAUGCGAUUCAUCAUCACGACAAUCGAAGCACUUCAAUAAUCAAACAAAGGAUUCGAGAAAAUAUAAAUUUACAAAAAUUCUUCCAAUUGAAAUUUCGCCAUCACAACUUUUUAAUGACACCACACGGCAAACUGUCAUGAAUUUUAUUCAAGGUCAAAAUUCAACAGUAAUGAAUUAUGGCACUAGUAAUUCUGGUAAAACUCAUUCGUUCUUCGGUGAAAAUAAUACACUCGGACUAAUACCAAGAAGUUUAAAAUUUCUAUUCUCAAUUAUUGAAAACACUGUUUCGUCAAAUUACAAACCGUUUUAUGGAAAUGUGGUGAAAAAUUUUGAUGAAUUUGAGAGAAUUUUGGAUAAGCAGAUUAAGGAGAAAUUGUUUUUCACUUCGAGACGGAAAAAUUCAGUUCAAUUGGAUGAAUUUAGAAAUUUGGAUGAAUUUUCAUUGAGGGAAAAUAAUGAAGAAGCGAAGGAUGAUGGUUAUUUUUAUUCGGUUUGGAUUUCUUUUUUUGAAAUUUACAAUGAGGGUAUUUUCGAUUUAUUGGCGAAUGAAGAGGGUAAUAAGAAUCAUUUGAAGUUGACUACGGAUGAAAAGGGGAACAAUUAUUUGAAGGGAAUUAGAAAACUUUAUGCCACAAGUGCUGAGGAGGCUUUUCAAAUUAUGUUGGCUGGUAAAUCACAACUUCGAGUUGGUGUCACUGCGAUGAAUUCCAAAAGUUCACGGUCACAUGGUAUUUUUAGUUUAACUCUUUUGAAGUACAGGGAAAAUUCCUCUCCUGAAGAUGUGACAAUGAGUACAUUGACAUUCUGUGACCUUGCCGGAAGUGGUGGCUUGCGAAUGAAUCAGAAUAGGGAACGAGUUAAGGAAUCACGAAGUAUCAACGCGAGUCUAUUGGUUCUUGGCAGAUGUCUAAAGACAAUUCAACGAAAUUCAAUUUUACGCGAUAACACCGGACCCUUUAGGGAAUCAAAUUUAACCCGAUACCUACAGAACGCUCUAUUGGGAAAGGAGAAUUUAAUUAUUUUGGUUAAUCUAAAUAAAUCACCCGAGCUUUAUGUUGAGACACAAAAUGUCUUGAAUUUCGUUUCAACUCUCAAUAAAGUGAAAUUUGAAAUUCCUUCCGAAAAGAAAUCAUUAAUUUCCCGAAGUUCCACUUGGAUAUGUUCACCGAAAACUCCACUCAAAGUGAUAGAAACACCACAAGAGGGGGAAAAUUACGAAAAACUAAAACAAGAGAAUGGAAAAUUAUUACAAGAACUAGAGACCAUGAGGAAUGGGAUUUUGAACAAAGAAUAUGAGAUUCGACAAGAAUUGACGGAAAUGUAUUCUGGAAAAUUGAAAGAACUUGAGAAGACUUGGAGAAUAAAGACUGAAAAGCUUGAUGAGGAGCAUGACGAUUUAUUAAAUUGGUCAGUGAAGCAAGUCGAGGAUUAUUACAAGCAGCGAAUAAAUAAUAUGACAAGGAAACGAAAGCGUCUCAAUAGUCACGAGGGUCAUGGAGAUUCGGAAGAAUCAACUGUUGAUAGUUUGGAAUUAUCGAAGGCAACCGCAAAAAUAAUCGCACUUCAGGAAAUUAUCGAGAACCUAAAGAAAAGAAAUUUGGACCUAAGUGUCCAGAAGUCGGAGCUGACUUUCGAAUUGUCGACCACUAGGAACGAACUACAAGAUUUGAAGAAACGCUUCCAAACUGAAGAACCGUGCGAAAAUGCCUUUAAAAAACGAAGAGAAUCUUUUUUGUUCGAAUUCACAGAGCAUUGGACUAGGAAUAACGAACUACAAGAGGAAUUACAGGAAAAGCUGGAGAGAAUCGAGCAACUAAAGAUCGAAUUGAAGCAGAAGGAUCAGGAAUUAGGGGAAAUUAGAAAAGCCCUGAGAGAUGAUGAAGAAUCGUCAAUGAACAAUAGUUUAAAAUCAGAUUCACGAGAGUUGUCCCUAUCUCCGAUGUCACUAAACAAAGUAUCAAUAAUCGAAGAAGAAAAUUCACAAUCCCCAACAGUAUCCCUAAGAACUUUGAUAACGGUUCCAAUCCUAGAAACCCUCGACGAUCUCUCCCAAGAAAACAGGCUCAGUUUCCUAGAUUCUUCAAUCGAGAAAUCGGAAAAAAGCCUCCGAACAAGUGACGACGACUCUGGAAUCCGAACAUCUUCCGUAACCACCGAAUCUUGCGCCAAAGAUCACAAAGCAAUUCAAGUCGAUCUCGACGACAUUGAUCAAAUUAGACUUAAAUUAGAAAAACUAAAAAUCGACUACGAAAAUCUAGGUAACAAUUACACGAUAAAAUCGGAAAAGCUAGAUUUAUUGAUUCCCGAAAUGGAAAAAAUGAAGCAAACAAUUUUUCAAUUGGAAACGACAACAGUUGAGGAUAAGAAAAAAUUAGAGAAUUCCAUUCCCGAAAUGGAAAAAAUGAAGCAAUUAAUUUUUCAAUUGGAAACGACAACAGUUGCCGAUCGGAAAAAAUUAGAGGAGUACGAAAUUCAGUUGUUACGAAAGGAGGAUUAUCAGGCCCAAUUGGAGGAGAAAAUUAUCAAAUGCACCACGGAGCAUGUUCCGAAAAUUAAGAAAUUAGAAUUGGAGUUGAUGGAAAAAAAUACUAUCGUUCAAAAAUUGUGUGAAGAGAUGACAGACGUUAGGCAGGAUCUAAAGAGGAUUGAGAAAAUUGAUGAAAGAAUGAAAUUUUUCGAAAUCACUCUUCAGAAAAAUGAGAAAGAAAAACAAGAUUUACGAAAAUUAUUACAAGAGAAAAUAUCCCAUCAGGGCGAAUUGGAAAAAACUCUAUCGUGCUUAUCAGAAAAAAUAACCCGACGCGAUACUGAAUUGCUAAUACUCAAAGAAAAUUUGAAUCACACUAAAACAACGAAUUCAAUUAAUUACAAAAAUACAAAUGAAUUGAGUAAUCUUGUUUCUGGAUCGCUACUAAAAAUGAGUGACAUAAAAACUGAAUUAUUAAAAUCAGAAGAGUCUCGUAACAAUAUGGAUCGAAGUUGGGCACAGGAAUACGGUUUCUUACGUUCACAAUUAUCGACUUUCGAAAAUCAGGGAAAUUUAUUGUCACAAAUGUACGAGAGGAAUGAGGAAAUAAUUCUGGAUGUGAAAAAAUUGAAAAAAUGUCUACAACUAAAAGAGAGGGAAAUUGACGAAAUGAGGAAAAAUCGGGACGAAACUAUUGAGAGAUACGAUUUACUUGUGGACCAACUUCAAAUGGACGUGAAUGUAAUUAAAGAAAAUAAGGAAUACCUAGCCCUACAAGAAUCGAGUAAACAACUAAAGAAAAGUAUCAGCGAAACGUUUAAAUUCAAGAAACGAAAAUCAAAAAACCGUCAAAUGAAUACCAAUGAUUCGAAAAAUUGGAGUACACCGACAGUAAGUUCGUCUGCAUCACUGGAAUCAAUUCGAAAAUUCGCCCGAAGAACUUGUCAGUGUCCGAAAAAUUCCAACGAGGCGAGUAUUUAUUGA